UGCGCGAUUCAGUUUUCCGCCUGUCGUUGAGCUGCUAGCAUGCGCGCUUAGCUUUCCUAGCCAGAGAAAAGUUCCUUGAGAUCGAUUUUGCGUUUUUUUUUUCGCUACUAGUGAGAGUUGGUGGUUUUUCGUCCCUCGCGCGAUAGUUGCCGUUACCGAUCGGUGGUUGGUUUGUUGAGUUUCCGAGGAUACUAUUCUGUGAUUGGUGUUUUGUUUUUUUUUUAUGAAAGCGUUGUGUAGAUAUUCAGCGGUGAUUGUGAAAAAGUUAUCUUAACUCACUUGGAAACAGGAAGUGCGCUCAGUCUACGUAAGUUGUGUUUCUGAAAACCUGCCAGACCAGAGCAUCGUAACAGAAGUGAAUUGUGUUAGACACGCAGAGUGCACGUGUGUGUGAAUGCUGUCCAGGAAGUGUUCUAUGCUAAUUGGAAUUUCUGCUCAAACAUAGGAAAACAUUGUUCGAUACAAGCCAUUGAGUGGAAGAAACAGCAGCAGCCAGAGGCGCCACAAAGCUAGGGAAAACGGAAAACAAUAGAGUGGAAAGAAUUUCCUAACAAUCGCCACACAGAGCAGAGCAGCCUUCGGAAAAUCCAGCAGUUGUUCCAGCGCAGAACCGCAAUCCGUCCAGCAGCCGUGGAAUAAAAAACGCAUCGGCCCGGGUGGAGAAAUGACCCGUCGUGUGACGACCCGUGCUUAACCACCUUCCCCCGUUUGGUGUCUUUCAUUUUAAAAGCUGCAUUUUUAAAAUAAAAGAGCCUCCCUGCAUCCGGCCUAAUCCCAACUAUUACGAGCAAGUACCGAACCCGGAAAAGCAUACCGAAAAUCGUAAAACUUCGUUGCGAAACAAAGGCAAUUGUUUCCUGCCACCUACCGUUCCGGAGUUGUCCAGCGGAGUGGUUCGAAAUUUGCAAUUACAAUUGCGCAACGGAGAUGACUUGCAGCAGAAUGCGGUUUCUAGUGAUGUCGAUGGUGGUGGUGUGGCUGGCCGUCGUGACCCAGGCCAACAACCAAACCGAGGCACCAGCAGUGCCGACUGAAGAGCAGCGGCCCGUGGCGGCCGCCCUGUACGGGUCCGAUGCGGAACUGAAAGGCAACGACGAUGGUUACGACUUCUUCUCCAUCGAUCAGCUCUUCAUGAACAACCCGCAGUAUGCUAAACUGCUCAGUGAUCUCCAAUCGCAUACGAUCGGUAGCAAUUGGAGGCGGAAAAGAGAUGUCGAGAAUGAUGAACCGACGGCGGAAGUACCCGUCGAGACGUCUGAGGAGACAAGUCCGACAUCGCCAGUUGCCGAAGUUACCGAAGUGACCAAGGAUAUGAAAGAGGCGACCAAGGAAACAAGCGAAACAGCCGAAACCAUCGAAGGCCGCACGACUCCACUGAAAGCUACCAGUCCGCUUUCCACGACCACGUCCAGUUCGUUCGGGUUCUCCGGAUCAACCGAGCGUUCUACCCACGAAGAACCGACUAGUGCGGCCCCUGUUCGCAGUAGUACCCCUCGGAGACUGCUGCACAAGGGCACCAAAAAUAAGAACAAAAACUCCAGCACCAAGAUCAGCCAGAACAAGCAAGAUAUUCCCAGCACCCUGACCGCCACCAACGUCAACAAGUUCACGGUGACAAAUUCCCCGUCGGCUACGUCACCAUUUUCAUCUUCCUCAUCCUCGUCGACUUCCGCGUCAUCCGGUACGGUCACCUCGACCCUGACCACCAAUCCGGCUAGCAGUAGUAGCAACAUGGCAGUCGCCGCCGCCGCUGUGGCAAACGCAACCAACGGAAGUAACAACAAAGAUAAGGUUGGCUUGGCCCCGACCAAGUACCACUACUACCCCCAUAAUCAGCACAUCUACUUCCUCCCGGAGUGUGCGAUUCAGCAGGUCUGCAACGCUGUCUACGUCCGGCUGAACUAUACGCAACCGCUCUGCGCCUGUCCUCCACGCUACCGCGACCCCUGUUCAGCCAGCCUAAACGAGGACGACAAUCACACCAUCAAGCUGGUUGGAAAUGCCCAGCGGAAGGCCGUCACCUUGGCCAAGACGUGCGAGAACACCAACGAACUGCGCGAAUGCCGUGCCCCCAAGGACUGGUCCAUCCUGGCGCUGCAAAACUCCCGAACCGGCAAGUCGCACUACCUGGUGAUCUGCAAGUGCCCAGCUCACUACCGACUUGAGGGACCACUUGCCCACGAUCAGCCCACGUAUGCCGGUUUGCCCGGAAUCAACGUGUACGGUAUGCUGUGCGUUCCACCAGAAUCCUACGCCCCAAAGCCCCUCAAAACGCCCAGUUCCCAGUCGAUCUACAACAAGUGGAAGGUCCGCCCAGCGCCAGUUUCGUCCUAUCGCGAUACCGAGUACCGAUCGUUCCAGAAUGAGACCAUUGCGGCUGCCGCUACGGAAUGAGCCAGGACAUAAAAUUCGAGCGAGAGGCUUCAACCACUGAGAAAUGAGAGAAAGAGACGAAGAGUAUGCUUCAUUCUCGACAGCCAAACCGAUUAGUCUUCGUGAAUAGUAUUUAUUACAUAUAUUAUUGUAUUUAUUACAUGAAGAGUAUUUAUUUUAUUCAGAGUAGCUUCCACUUGGAAGAACACUAUUGUUUAUCGAUCGGUAUGGAGAUUUGGGCAUAUCAGGGUCAGUCAUUCACCGCAGAAUGAUAUUGUUCGGAGGACGCAAGGUCGGCUCCCUGUAGGAAAUACUAAGAAUGCUUCAAACAAUUGCUUCAACAACUCCAAAUCAAUUGAAAUGACUACAUUUAUUAUUUUAAUAACGAUCUUAAUUAGUCAUCUUCUUGGUCGGAAGCCUACUUUCAUUAUUCACCACGUAGAACUGAAACGCAAGAUGAUGAUUAAUUAACGCAACCCAUUUUAAUGACACGAAAAUAGCACUGUUAUUAGAUUUUAAAAGAAACGUUAUCUCACAUGUACAUGUGAAAAUAGAAACAAACGAAAGUUCGACAUACAAUGAGCAAAAAUGAAUGCACAUGAAUAAUUAUGCUCAUAUCACUUCUUUCCACUUCCAUCACUGAAGGUGAAUCCUAAAAUUAUAGAAGGCCUCACGCGCUGAUCAAGCCUUCAGAUGCCGCCAACACACAUAAAUCACCUUUGUUCUACGACUCGAGUGACGCAAGUUGUCUUCUUUCAUUUAAAAAAUAGCGUCUCACGCUUCGCUUGCAUCAACUGACUCGCAGAAUAGAGCCAAUUAUUUUCCCUACUUCGUUUUUGUCGCGCUCGUCAAGUGAAAUACGCAUUCCCUUCGUAGCAUCAUAAUCAGCAUUCAAAGGUAUGUAACCCGAACCUUCGUUGAAGAGAGUAAACUCAGAUGUCAAUGAAAGUAAAUCUGGUAAAAACAGCAACAUAAUAGGCAUAUCGCUUUCAGGAAAAUUGGCUUGAUCUCCCGCGCAUACGAUGAGUCGAUGGAGGUGGAAAGAAAACAAGGCAUCACAGCAGGCGAAAAAAAAACUAAUAGUAAACAAUGCAGAAAACGAGAGUCAUCGUUUUUACUCACUUCAAUCUUGCGCACACGCACGAGCAUAAUAAUGAUAAUAAUAGGUUUAGUGGGAGCUACGCGCAGGUUAUUACUUUAUUACUCCAAGGGCAAAAGAGUUUAGUUUCAUUUUAAACCGUCAAGACCGUCAUUAGAGUGCAUAAAAGCAGAAAGGAAAUGAAAAGCUAACAUCAAUUUUUCAAAUACAAAUCAAAGGAGACAAUAUGAUGGUGACGCAUGUCAAAACCAGAGAGAAAAUUUUAUUUUUCACUCGAACCGGCAAUGUGAAAAGUCGGUAAACUGCUCAAAUGAGCGCCAAAUUAAGUUUAUUUUUUCUUGGAUUUCUCUUUUAACAUAUAUCCCAAAAAUCAAGCCUACAAGAGUACGUAUGCAUUACCGUUUGAAAUUUCCGCAACGAUCCGCAACAGAAACUACGAUUGCGGAAUCAUUAUUAUAGCUAAAACACAAUUUAUAGAGGAGGAAAUGAUGAGAGGAGGAAACACUGUUGUAAAUAUGCUUCACCACUAAGUUCCUCGCUUGAUUUUCCUUUUGAUAUAUUCCAUGAAUCCGCGAAAUAAGCGGCAAGCAGCAUCCACGAUAAUAACAAUUUUAAAAAGAUUCUUAGUUUUAACCAAAACACUGACAUUAGAUAGUGUAAUGCUAUAGAUAGCGAUAAUAAAUGACUUUUCUAGCCAGACCGCGCACUUUUGCAUACUAUUACAAUAAAAGUGAAACACAAAAUCACUAACGCUAAAAGAGGGACAAUUAUGAAGUAGUUGAGAUGAAUAAACCAUACACAAAAAAAUGUGUACAAUUUGAAAAAUAAAAUCCAA